AUGGCGGAGCCGGCAGUCAGUGUGGAUCAAUUUCCCGUAGAAGAUCUGCUGAACAUUCAUCAGAUGAUCUUCCUCCCCAGCACUUUGGACUUGCUGGUGAACCACCUCGAAAAGGGCAUUGCCAAUGGAGGAGCCUCCCCAGACCUUUGCUCUGCGAUUCUGAGGCUUUACCUGCUGUAUCCACAGUGCGCAAAUGCGGAAGUCAUCCGUAAGAUCCUUGUCCAAACCAUUGUUGCCCUUCCAGAAAACCAGUUUGGCUACUAUGCGUGCAUAGCCCCUUCACACUUCGCAUCAGCCGAAGACGAGAAACGGGUGCAGGAUAUGCUCACGCUCCAGGACCACCUCGAAGGCUGCGAUUUCAAGGCUGCUUGGGGGUUGCUGCGGGAGCCCGACAUGGCUGACGUGUUGCACACGCCAGGUGUUGUGGACGCCGUGCGUCGGUACGCGUGCGAAGUGUUGCAGCAGACGUUUACGACUAUUUCCCUUACCGAUUUCUGCCAGAUGAUGAAUCUUGGGCAGCCCGUGAGUGCCUCCGGAUCCGUUGAUGAGAAGGUGGAGAAGCUCAUCAAGGCGCGAGGAUGGGCGAUUGAAGAUGCAGGACAGGGGGCGAACAAAGUAGUCCGUGUGGUACCUAGAGAAGCCGAAACGGCAAAACCUCUGGCGACGCGUGCGUCUGUUGCGCAUAAGACUAUUGAAAAGUAUCUGUCUGUCGAGGGGUUGCAGCAGUGCUUGACCCUCUUGGAGUCGUAG